ACAGAAGCCACGCCCAUUUCCGUAAGCCCCACCCCCCGCGGCGGAAGUCUCGCGAGAGCGGCGGCGGCGGGCGGGAUGUGCGGGGGCUGUGUGGGCACCGAGUUCCCCGAGCGGGGCACCACCUGCCUGGAGGGCGGCUCCUUCCUGCUCAACUUCGUGGGCUGCGCGCAGUGCGGCCGCCGCGACCUGGUGCUGCUGGGCAACCGCGCCGCCGGCCUGCGGGGCGACGACGAGAUCGUCACCUACGAUCACCUGUGCAAGAACUGCCACCACCUGAUCGCACGCCACGAGUACACCUUCAGCGUGGUGGAUGACUACCAGGAGUACACCAUGCUGUGCCUGCUGUGCGGCCGGGCCGAGGACUCCAUCAGCAUCCUGCCUGACGACCCGCGCCAGAUGACCCCGCUCUUCUGAAGCCCGUCUGUGCCCCGGCACAGCCCCCGGCCCCACUCCCCAUGUGCCCCACGGAGCUGUGGGACCGCGCUGCUGGCGCUGGGGGGCUUUGUUCCCGCUCCAGUUCAAACCUCCAGCCUGGAUGCGGUGGACACCCGAUGCUGGAUGCUGCCUGCUCUGCUCCAGCACCAUGCUGCGCCUGCUCCUGAGCCCCCCUCGCACUGAACAAAGGGAGGGGGCCCAGAAACCCGCCCCCAAAACGGCUCAGGAUGGCACAGCCACCUCGUCCUGCCCCAAAGGGGUCCGCAUGGGCAAUAAAUGUGAGCGUGUAACA